CUUAUUAUAACUUUCGGAACUUUCAUUUCCUUUCUUGUCUUUACGUGUGAGGAUGAAAGUAAUAGUUUUAGCAACGUUAUUGUGUUCGGUAACCGGAAGCUUGGAGAUUAUCUUCAAGCGGGUGGAGUCCAGUAUCAGUUGCGGCGUAUGCGAGUUGUUGGUUAACAUCUUUUAUACAGCUGCCAAGAAAAAUGAACCUAUGUCCUUCGUCAAGCUCAAAUUCGUACCACUAUGUAGAGUUGCCCAAAAUUCGAUUGUCUGCAACGGAAUAUUUGACACAUUUGCACCAGACAUUCUAGAAGCCUUCCAAUAUGUCCAAAUCAGUCCCACUGAAAUUUGUAGUAUGCUUAUGGAAGCUUGUCCACAAAUGAGAAUUCCAGAACACGAAUGGACGGUAAACCUUACAAGCGUACCAAAACCACGAGUGCAAGAGAAACCGCGAUCGAAGGCGAAUAACGUGAUCAAGAUUCUGCAAAUUAAUGAUAUCCACCUCGAUACGGAUUAUGCUGUGGGAAGUACAAGCAAUUGUCAGGAGCCACUUUGUUGUCGCAAUUUGUCCACUAACAAACUCUUGGCACGAAAUAUUCCUGCCGAAAGGUGGGGUAGCGCUGAAUGUGACACACCACUCAAAACAUUAGACUACAUUCUUGAAGUAAUUGCAGAACGACAUACCGAUAUUUCCUACAUUAUGUGGUUGGGAGAUAUCGCACCGCACGAUAUUUGGCGCCAAACAAAAGCGGGACAGCUGAUCACUCUCAGGGACGGAAUUUCUGCACUGAAGCGCUUCUUUCCCAACACCCUGGUCCUUCCUACAAUUGGAAACCACGAAACCAAGCCAGAUGGUAGGUAAGUUUAUUGUUUAUCGUAUGAAUUAUACACU